AUGGAUCCAAAGGAACAAUUGACUAAAGAUGAAGGGGGUGUACGAGUUGAUGCAACAAAAUUCAGAAGCAUGGUUGGGGGGUUAAGGUACCUCGUGCAUACCAGACCAGAUAUAGCUUUUUCGGUGGGUAUUGUGAGCAGAUUUAUGGAAGCUCCAACUAUCAUGCAGAUGAAUGUGAUCAAAAGAAUCCUUCGGUAUGUAAAAGGCACUCAAGAGAUUGGCCUGGUGUAUUCACGGAAGAAUGGAAAUAAUGAAUUAAAAGGAUACUCAGAUAGUGAUCAUGCAGGCCACAUUGAGGAUCGAAGAAGCACUGUGGGAAUGGUAUUUUACUUAAACGAAAGCUUGGUUACAUGGGUAUCGCAGAAGCAAAGGUGCAUAGCUUUAUCAUCCUGUGAAGCUGAGUUUAUGGCUACAACUGCUGCAGCAUGUCAGAGUAUAUGGUUGCGAAAGUUAUUGGAGCAAGUGACGGAUGAAACUAUUGGGCCAGUUGUUUUGUAUUUGGAUAAUAAGUCUGCGAUCGAUCUCUCGAAAAAUCCAGUUUUUCAUGGAUGUAGCAAACACAUUGAUGUUCAAUAUCACUUUAUACGAGAGUGUGUUGAACGUGGAGAGAUUAUUGUCAAGCAUGUGUCCAGUGAAAAUCAGCGUGCAGAUAUUGACUAA